AUGUGCUCACUUGCUGCCGCGUACAACUUCAGCAUAGUGUUCGAUCGAUUGAUCAAGCUGCGGGAGAACAUCAACAUGUCGGUGGAUGUCGCCGGUGCGGAGAAGAAGAAAAAGCCGUUGAUGGCGGAGGGGCUGCUGCUCGCUGCGAGCAUGGUGCUGGUUCAGGGCUUCACCAUAGGGGCCCUCCUCCUGUCCAAGGUCGCCUUCAACAUUGGCAUGGCGCCUUUCGUCCUCCUCGCCUACCGCAAUCUCAUUGGCUCCAUUAGCGUGGCCCCCUUCGCCUUCUACUUCGAGAGAGAGAUGAUGAAAAAGGUGAACCUCAAGAUAUGGUGCUGGAUCUCCGUCAACGCUUUGUUUGGAAUUGUGCUAGCAAUGGGACUGCACUACUACGGUCUGCGCGCCACCAACGCUGGCUACACUGUCAAUUUCCUUAAUGUGAUCCCCGUUGUCACCUUUAUCAUUGCUGUAAUACUCCGACUGGAAAAGCUGAAGAUCGCGACAUUCCCGGGCAAGAUGAAGGUUGUCGGCACCGUGAGUUGCGUGGGAGGGACGAUGGUGAUCAGCCUGUACAAAGGCAAACUGCUGCAUCUGUGGCCUACACACCUGUUGAAAUCGCAGCUGCAGGCGGUCGGCGGGGUCUCCUCCGUCCCUGACCACCACAACAUGCUCAUUGGCACACUCUUCCUAGCCGGGAGUUCCCUCAGCUACGCCUUUUGGUUCAUCAUACAGGCACGAGUGUCCAAGGAGUUCCCCUCCAAGUACUUCUCGACAAUGCUAGCCUGCGUUUCAGGGACCGUGCAGGCGAUGGUGAUUGGGGUGAUACUGAACCACGAUCCAUCGGCAUGGGCGGUCAAGUGGGAUCUACAGCUGCUCACCGUCGUCUACUCGGGUGUGUUCAACACGGGAGUCACCUUUUGCUUGAUCUCAUGGGCUGUUGCUCGUCGCGGGCCCACCUACCCUUCCAUGUUCAACUCCCUGGCACUUAUAGUCACCAUGAUCCUCGAUUCAGUGCUGCUUGGCACAGAUUUCUCCGUGGGGAGUUUGCUAGGAGCCAUCCUGAUCAUUGUAGGGCUCUAUGCCUUCCUCUGGGGGAAAGGGAAAGAGGUACAAGAGCAGCGCAAGCAAAUGAAGGCCGCGGCUAACGGAGACCAGAGCAAGGGCAGCGCAGCGGCGGGUAAUGGAGUCGAUAGCCUGCAGGUUGGGAAGCACGAGGUGCGGAUUCACCUGGAAGUCAGUGAGCGAGCUAAUUAG